AUGACCAGGGAUGCGAGUGUUGAUGUUGCUUUUCUGUUAGUAAAUGGGUUUCGACAGUGUGGAGCCCAGGGGAUACCUGCACCGAAUGUUGUUAUAGACGCCCUAAUCAGCGUCGUUCCGCUGGCAUCGCACCUAGCGAGGGAAAACGGCUCCGCGGACUCGCCAUACACAAAGGCUCUCGAAAACAUCGCACUUAGCUUUCCCAGCUCCAGCAAAGACGCCACACCGCUGGACAUGAUUUCACUUCAGGAGCAAAUUCGGAAUCUGGUCUCCUUCCCUGAGCAAUUUGCCUCUUACUGUGCUACACUCAAAGAUAGCACAGCUGACUUAUUAGACAGCGGCGUUUACCUGGCGAAGCUCUAUGACGCCGUUUGGUCGCUUUGCUUGCCCAAACGUCCAAGUGAAGAUCCCUUUACUUCAAGUCAGGUUAUGGCACUUCUCUACGUUUUUGCUAGCAUUGCCGCUAGCAGAUCUGAUUGUAAGGUGCUACUUGAACGCCUCAUGAGCAUUCCGCUUGCUCAAAACGCGGAUGAUAAGUCCCUUUUAAGACACCUGAUCAUAUUUACAAAGGGCAUGCUAUCCGGUUCGCUGAAUCGUAAGUUUUGCUCCAGGAAUAAAACCGCCCCAUCACGGGGUCACACGUUGAUCGAGAGAGCAAAUAGCUGUUGGAGGAAGUGGAUGAAUUUUCUUCUACGAAUGGGCGCGCAGAAAUCGGACUGGAAACGCAUGGUAGCACAAAUCUUUGCAUCGAUUGCUUUGGGGGAAGAGGUAGCUUCUUGUGAUACAGACAGCGCGGUUGAGGAUAGUGGAACCUCGGCGCUUUUCAUAAGCGAUGAACUUGUUUGCACCUUUGUACGGCAGUUUAUCUUCCGUGAGGCCAUAUCAACGUUAUUCACGCCUCGGAUGGAAUUAAAAUUUCUAUUCGAAGUGGUUUUUCCUAGCAUUUGGGCUGCAGGGGAAAAAGGAAAGGAAUUGGUAGCAGGUGCGGAAGAGUGUGUGCUUAAGGCGUGGGACUGUAGCAACACCGUCCUUUCUGGAACGCUUCUGCUAAACGAAACCCUUCUGAACUCGGUGAUGUAUUUCAUGCUGUUCUGGACGAAUAUAUCGGAAACAGCUCCCUCAGCAGAGAAGCGAAAGUUUCCUCCAAAGAUCCUGUCAUUCUUUUUGGACGGCAUCACCCUUCGGUUAGAUAGUGUUCACAGGCCCUUGCAAAAGGCGGGGAUGGUUGCGGCCGCCGCGUUUGCGAAACUCUUUGUGGAUAGCGCGGAAGCGGUGGAGGGUCUUCUUAAGAAUGAGUCGUUUUCGCUCGCCUUGGAGGAUUGGAUGCAGGGGGAAUCGGUCGCAAUUCCCUCCGCAAAUCACAAAGCAUCCUCUAAAUCAAAAAACGUGACUGAAUCAGAGCAAAUGCUUCUUCGAACGGAGGCUGCGCAGAUGCAACGGUACCCAUUGGAUCCUGAUGAGGGGUAUUACUUUUUCGCUCUACAAGGCAGCUCAAGGGAAACAAACGAAGGGAAGGUGGAAGGGGAAUUUUCUGUUGUAGAUCAACCCCGGCGCUCGCAUUUUCCAACGUUUGGGGUUCAAAAAAUUCCGAGUGAUGAGACGGACGUCGCGAUAUUGCAGACCUUUCGCGCCUCAUACGAAGCACUAGUUGGCAUUGGUAGAAGUCCGAGUGCACAGCUCUAUGAAGUUCAACAAUCAAUAGAAGCGGGACUAGAGGGUAUGCUGAAAGCCUUGCAUCCCAUGAAGGAGAGAAAGAAGCAGCUGCGACCUUUGCCUUUCUUAACCCAAGUAGAUCCACUGAUACCUUCGCUUAUUCCAACGCUUAUGCUGCUUUCCAUACAUGCAACAGAUCAGAAACAAGAGAACCUGUAUCAUAAAAGGUUUCUCAUCAUCGUCGAUCUCAUCGUGGUCUCGCCGAGGGCGUCUCUCCGCCAGCUUAGCACCAUGAUUUACGGAAGCAACUACGCCAUCUAUCAACGGUCGGAGAUGAUUAAGGCGGUUGGUGAAGCUGCAAAGAUAAUGUCUCGGGUGGAAAUACUAGAGGAUAGCGAAGGAUUGCCCGAAAAGAAUGAUACAAAGAAAAAGCGAAUUUACCCACCGAUUGAGAGCCACCCGCUGAAGAGCCAAACUUCGUUAAUGGAGGGUAAAAACACUCGGCGAUGGGGCAAUGCGGUGGAGGGGAGGAAAACGGCGUUAAAAAAUCGUAAGCGCUAUCGCAACCUCCUCGGGGAUGAGGCGCCCUUCUUUUUUUCAUGUCUUCUCGCUCGAUUGGAUCGAGAGCAUUUUAAGUUUUUCCAAACAACAGAUCCCUUUACGCCGUCAGAAGUGCUACGCACGCUUGUGGUCAUCUUCCAAUCCCUCACUCAAGUUCGCCACAUCAUCGUUCCGCUGUGUGAAAGCAACUUUGAUUUCUUCGUCGUCGCCGCCACGCAGCACCCACACCUUGAGGUGCGAAAACAAGGUUGGAUUGUAUUGGGGGAGCUCAUGCGAAGUUGGUGCGGGGCGUUUCCUAUCGUUUCUCUUGUUGAAAAGGAUCCUUCUCCCAUAACUAAACCCUCCGUCGGGUACCAAUCGCUAAUGUUCACGGAAUCGUGGAUGGAGGCGCUUCAAACGCUUCAGUUUGUGUGUGAAGAAGCUCGUAAGAAAAAUGACCCAUGCUGGGGCGUCGCCGCUAUCACAGUUUCAUCUCUAAGCGAUAUCAUUCAGGAAAAAAGUGAUUUUAAUACACUCCAGUCAUCUGCAGAAAUUUACAUCCGCGUGUGA